GUCGACUCGGGCCUGAAAGCGCUGCAACUUCUGCGUACUGGCGUGUACGACGUCAUCUUCCUCGACAUCCAGAUGCCCUACCUCAACGGUGGCGAUUGCACGCGCCGCAUCCGCGCAGGCAAGGAGGGCAUCCUGCCUGCCAACCGUGAUGUGCACAUCGUCGCCGUCACCACGGUCGUCGGCCCCAAGCCCGAGCAGGUCUACCGCGCGGCCGGUUUCGACGGGUGCAUGAGCAAGCCGGUG